AUGAAUUAUUAUAACUUUGCGUUACCAUCAGCGGCCCGCCAGCGGCUUGCGUGCUUAACUUCGGCCAGCCACGCCGUCAAAUGGAAGUUGGGAGUUGUCUGCUCUUGUUUGCGUGUCUGUGAGCGAGUGUUUCCGGUUGUGCACAUCCCAGAAUGCAGCAGCGGCGGCCACGUCUUCAGUACGGAGCCAUUGCGGGACGUGCUUUGCGGGGAUAUGUCACAUUUGUUGGCAAUUAUUAUCCUGCUGAUGAAGAUAUGGAAGACGAGAUCGUGUGCAGGAAUUUCAGGCAAGAGCCAGGCUUUGUUCGCCUUGGUCUUCACUACUCGUUAUUUGGAUCUGUUCACAUCGUUCAUCUCUUUGUAUAACACAAUCAUGAAGGUCUUCUUCAUUGUCUCAUCCUACUUCACUGUGUUCCUGAUCUACUUCAAGUUCAAAGCUACUUACGAUAGCAAUCAUGACACCUUCCGAGCUGAGUUCCUUGUUGUUCCCGUUGGUGGCCUCUCCAUUCUGGUCAACUCUGAAUUCACUCCAUUGGAGAUCUUGUGGACUUUCUCUAUUUAUUUGGAGUCUGUGGCCAUUUUGCCUCAACUAUUCAUGGUCAGCAAGACCGGAGAGGCCGAAAGUAUUACUAGUCACUACCUGUUUGCCCUGGGCAGCUACCGUGCUCUCUACAUUUUCAACUGGAUUUACCGUUACUACUUUGAGGGAUUUUUCGAUCUUAUUGCUGUUGUCUCGGGAUGUGUGCAGACUAUACUCUACUGUGACUUCUUCUAUCUUUAUAUUACAAAAGUUUUACGAGGCAAAAAGAUUACUCUACCAGCAUGA